AUGGACACACCUUUCAUUAGUAGUCUCAAUCAAGCACAGCUUGAAGCUGCCACUUGCAGAAGCAAAGCUGUUCAGAUUUUGGCUGGACCUGGAUCUGGAAAAACUCGAGUGUUAACGUCGCGCGUGGCAUGGCUCGUUCUGGCUGAAAACGUCAAACCACAGCACAUUGCUGUUGUCACUUUCACCAACAAGGCUGCUCGAGAAAUGCGAGAACGUCUUGAGAAGCCAAAAUUGUUGGGCCCAGCGACAAGCAGAAAGUUAUUUAUGGGCACGUUUCACUCACUUUGCGCUCGGCUACUUCGACAAUACUAUGCGCACGUCAACUUGAAGCCAAACUUUACCAUUGCUGAUGUAGAUGUUAGCAAAUCGGUUAUCAAGAAGCUCGUGAAGGAGUUAGGUAAUCAGUUGUCAACCUAUGCUCGCACACAGAUGAAACCUGAUGCAUUUUGGACCGCGAUAUCGGCAGCACGUAAUGAGGGCAUGAAUGUUGAUGAUUUCAUUGCCAAGUAUCGAAACGAGUACACUAAGAAAGACAUAUGCAUCGACUUUGACAACUUGCUCUUGUAUACUCGAGUACUGCUUCAAAAGUACCCAAGCGCCGCAAAUUUCGUCAGACAUGUUCUUGUGGAUGAGUUUCAAGAUACGAAUUCUGUACAAUACGACAUUGUCAAAGGUUUGACACAAGGUGGUAAAUCGCUCACUAUUGUUGGAGAUCCUGACCAAAGCAUUUUCGGUUGGAGAAAUGCAGACCGCGAAAGCUUCAUAAAAAUGCAAAACGAGUAUCCAAACACAACAGUCUGCAACCUCGAGAAGAAUUACAGAAGCACCAAGAAAAUUCUCACCGCUGCUCUUCAUGUCGUGAACAAGGAUCGUGACCGUAUCCAGAAAUCGCUGUUUACAGAGAAUGCCGAAGGUGUGCCAAUGUCGUUGUUGCAAAUGUCGAGUGAUACGAUGGAAUGCCAGUCUGUUGCUGAAGAAAUCAAACGACUUGUUGAAUACUCGGGUGGAUUGAUCAAAUACAAGGAUAUUGCCAUUUUGACUCGCAUGUCGUACUUAUCCAACGGUUUUGAACAAGCCCUUAAUGUCCUCGGUAUUCCUUACGUUGUUAUCGGCGGUGUGAAAUUCUUUGAACGUGUCGAAGUUAAAGACGUACUUGCCUAUCUGCGCUUCUUUUACAACCGCAACGAUACUGAAGCAUUCGAGCGAGUCAUCAACAAACCAAAACGUGGUGUGGGUGAAGUCACAAUGAACAAGAUUGAGAACAUGAGUCGUAGCAAGAACACAGAUAUCAUCCACGUCCUUCGUGAUAUUUGCUCUGGCGAAGUUAAGGGUGUCACAAUUCCAGGCAAAACCAAACUAAACUUGCGAGAUUUCGUUGACUUAUAUGAUAGUGCUCAAGCAAUGAUCAGCAACAAGGAUUACAUCUACAAAAUUUUGGAACAUAUCAUUAGCGAGAUCCAUUACAAGGAGUAUCUGAAAAAGGAGUUCCAGGAUAAAGAUGGUGAUUCACGUUGGGAUAACGUUGGUGAAUUGAUUACUUAUGCCAAGAGGUUUGAUCCACCGCCCAACAACUCGGUGCAGCUUUCGGCUGCUGCUGUCUUGGCUGGUGCGGAACCGCGCAGCAAAGAGGAAGUCAGUCAAGCUUACAAAAAAAGUAACAGUAGCUUAUAUGUACCUAAAAUCUUCAUAGCCAAGAAUUUGAGUUACCCGAGUACACAGACUUCCCUGAAGAACGUCACGAUCCCAAUGACAGGUAUGAAAAAAGAGAAAGAUGUCAAAUCUGGAGAUCGUAUUGUCCAGUUCCUCGAAGUGACGACCUUGAGCUCGAACACCAAAGAAGAAGAGGAAGUCGAACAAUUGGGCAAGGUGACAAUCUCAACAAUGCACAGUGCAAAAGGUCUUGAAUGGCCCUGCGUAUUCUCUGUUGCCAGCGAGUCCGGUAUCGUUCCGCAUGGCAAGGCUGAUACUAUAGAAGAAUCGUACGCUUUACUUUCUCUGUGUUGUCAUGUAUCAUAUCUUUAUCUGUGCUUUGCGUUACUAAUACUGCAAUCCUCAAAAUAUAUAUAG